AUGGCUCUGGACCCGACCGGCCCAGAACCCAAGCCCUCGUCAUCGAUGAUGUCACUCCAACUGCUCCUGUGUGGGCUCGGCCUGUACAGACACUACACACAGAACCUGCAGCACCUGCAGAACCUGCAGCACCUGCAGAACCUGCAGAACCUGCAGCACCUGCAGCACCUGCAGAACCUGCAGAACCUGCAGCACCUGCAGAACCUGCAGAACCUGCAGCACCUGCAGCACCUGCAGAACCUGCAGCACCUGCAGAACCUGCAGCACCUGCAGAACCUGCAGCACCUGCAGCACCUGCAGAACCUGCAGAACCUGCAGCACCUGCAGCACCUGCAGAACCUGCAGCACCUGCAGCACCUGCAGCACCUGCAGAACCUGCAGCACCUGCAGAACCUGCAGCACCUGCAGCACCUGCAGCACCUGCAGAACCUGCAGCACCUGCAGAACCUGCAGCACCUGCAGCACCUGCAGCACCUGCAGAACCUGCAGAACCUGCAGAACCUGCAGCACCUGCAGCACCUGCAGAACCUGCAGCACCUGCAGCACCUGCAGAACCUGCAGCACCUGCAGAACCUGCAGAACCUGCAGCACCUGCAGAACCUGCAGCUCCUCCCAUUGUCUCUCUCUCACAUUGACAGAAUAAAUAAUAUUCUUGACCAGCUUUAG